GCGUCGCAGCCGGUCACCUACUUGCGCCACCACCUUCUUCUUCUCCUCCUCCUUCUUCAACGCCAACAGUCAAUCAUCAUCAGUGGCGAUUCGGCCAUCUUUGAAGAUUCAAGAUCACGCGCUCCGCAUCGCUCCCUCCCUCGCUCGAGCUUGAGGAGGAGGAAGACGAAGCGGCGGCGGCGGCGGCAACAUCUUCUGGUGGAGCUCCGGCUUCGAGCGUCAAGAUGAGCGCCAUUGAGGACGCCGAGGACGAUAAGGAGCUGAGGAAGCCGUUCCUCCACACGGGGAGCUGGUACAAGAUGCAGGGGAUGGGGUCGAGGCAAUCCAGUGCCACCGCAUCGGCGCAGAUCCUCCGCGACGGCUCCGUCUCCGUCCUCCUCUGCGUCCUGAUCGUCGCCCUGGGCCCUAUCCAGUUCGGAUUCAGCUGUGGAUAUUCGUCUCCUACGGAGGAGGACAUAAUGAGCGACCUAAGCCUUUCGCUCUCGCAGUAUUCGAUAUUCGGCUCGUUGGUGAAUGUGGGAGGUAUGAUCGGGGCAAUCACGAGUGGCCAGAUGGCGGAGUACAUCGGUCGGAAAGGGUCUCUGAUGAUCGCUGCAGUCCCUAAUGUUAUAGGGUGGCUGAUAAUAUCCUUUGCCAAGGAUUCCUCAUUCUUAUACAUGGGAAGGUUGUUGUCGGGAUUUGGUGUGGGUGUAAUUUCUUAUACGGUGCCAGUAUAUAUAGCUGAGAUAUCGCCUCAGAACAUGAGAGGAACCCUGGGAUCUGUGAAUCAGCUCUCAAUUACAACGGGACUUUUGAUGGCUUACUUUUUCGGACUAUUUCUCAACUGGAGGAUCCUUGCUAUCUUGGGGUCUCUUCCAUGUCUAAUAUUGAUUCCUGCCUUAUUUUUCAUCCCAGAGUCUCCUCGAUGGUUGGCCAAAAUGGGUUUGACAGAGGACUUUGAAGCCUCUUUGCAGGUCCUACGGGGAUAUGAUACUGAUAUUUCCCUUGAAGUUAAUGAAAUCAAGAGAUCUGUUGCAUCAACAAGCAAAAGAACAAUGAUCAGGUUUGCAGAGCUCAAGCGGAAAAGAUAUUGGUUUCCUUUAAUGGUAGGAAUCGGACUUCUUGUGCUCCAGCAACUCAGUGGCAUCAAUGGUGUUUUAUUCUAUUCCACCACAAUAUUUGAAACUGCAGGGAUUUCUUCAAGUAAUGUUGCAAGUGUUGGAGUUGGUGUUAUCCAGGUUCUUGCCACUGGGGUUACCACUUGGCUCCUGGAUAAAGCAGGCCGAAGGCUGCUUCUAAUAGUAUCCUCAUCCGCAAUGACUUUGAGCCUUGUUUUUGUGGCUGUAGCGUUUUAUAUAGAGAGUUCUGCUUCAGAAGACUCUACGUUAUACGACAUAAUGGGAAUAUUGGCCCUGGUUGGGGUUGUGGCUUUUGUUGUUGGCUUCUCUCUGGGAAUGGGAGCUAUUCCAUGGAUUAUCAUGUCUGAGAUUCUUCCGAUAAAUAUUAAGGGCCUUGCCGGCAGCAUAGCAGUGUUGGCAAACUGGACAACAUCGUGGGUAGUCACAAUGACCGCAAACUUACUGUUGGAUUGGAGCACCGGAGGUACCUUCACAAUCUACGCAGUUGUGGCUGCCUGUUCCGUUGUCUUUGUGGUACUCUUUGUUCCAGAAACUAAGGGAAGGACUCUGGAAGAGAUUCAGUCGUCGUUCAGAUGAUUUUUGCCUCCUGUUGUCACAUUGAUUUUUGCUGCUCAAUAACACGGACACAGAGAGAGAGAGUGAGAGCUCGCAAUUGUUUAUUGACCUUCUCCUCAACAGAGAUUUGGAUAUGUUUUUCAUGUUUUCGAACCUCAUUUACUUAAGAACUCGCAAAAUGUACCAAGAUAUGCAGUAUGAGCAUACAACAAAUCAUAGUAUCGGCAGAAUUAGCAAGCGGCUUGAUACUCGAGAUGACGAAGCCAAAGGGGUCUCCUGUUUUUCUUCUGCAAUUGAAAUUUGAUGCAAGGAGUUUAUUUGUUGCUCUUG